UUGGCGCACAGUUGGCCGCGGGUGAAGCCUCAAGAGGGGAAACCGAGAGCUGCAAAAAAGACAGAGUAGCUUAGGGGGGACCUCUUUCUCUCUUCUGCACACUUCACGUGUCUUUUUCUUUGUCGGUCACCGUGUCGCUCGUCGUUACGAACAUAACAUAACAUAGAAAGUAUUCGCGAAGAGUAGCAACGCGAGUGCCGAGCUCGCUUUGACGCUGCGCCGAACAAGUUUCGAUGGGAGAGGGUCGCUGCUGCGGAGCUUUUUUCGCCAAAGAAAAUAUAAUUCGAUUCGGUUUGAGGGAGUGAAGGGGUGCGUGUCACAAGAAUGAAUUGUACACCUAUUGUUGGGAAUCCCGUCGCUGCCAGACACUGCAGCGUGAUAAUUUUAUUCAGGCGCAGUUAAGAGCUCUGGUUUUAUUGUUUAUACUUUUAAAACCGACUUUAGACUGGUUUUUUACUCACUGUCAUUUGCGUAGAAAUUCAUUCAUCGGUUACGUACCUGAAAUAGAGAGUAAAAGUAUAUUAUUAUUUGAAAUCGAUAUGUUCUUCACUGGGUAAAAAUAUAAAAGUCACAUCCUUUCUGGGCCGAAAAUAUAAAACAGAUCGCUGCUCUGUAAUCCCGCUAAAUCCGCAAAGAUAUGUGUGUCAAAGUAUCUUGGCAAAGUCCCUUGUGGAUUCGCGGACUUGGAGCACAUAGUAUAUAAAGGCACAGUAGUAUCGACUAGAGAAAAUAUUUUUCACAAAACUACAAUUUGUUAUCGUCGAUAAACUGCCCUAACAUUCGACUGGGUUUAUUUAUAAAUUAGGUUCCCUUUACACUGCAUUGUAUUGCAGUCUGCAGUGCGAAAAGCUCGUAUUUGUGUGUACAAAUAGAUACCUCUGUAGCUACUAGAAUACAUUUAAGGCGAAACUAAAUUGCCGGUUUCGAGUCUUCUGCAAAAGCUUUUUUCAAAAAGUUUUUUCAAAAGCCUUCUUUUUUAAACAAAUAUAUACGCAUGUUAUAUCAACAGAAAAACGAGGCUCCGAAAUAUCGAAUUCCACAUGCUCGCAUACGGCUAGCGAGUUAGUACUUUUUUUUCAACGUUUACAAGUCCACCUCAAAGUUUUCCAUGCUUUCAACUAAGCGUCUAAUAAUCAAACUAGACUCAACGAUUAGAAUUUGAGGUUGUUGCUCAGCUUCAAGAUAUACCCCUCCAACAAGCACUACAUCGCUCUCUGUCGCGUUUCCGUAUGCGAUAGCCGCCCGCUUGUCUCAAUCCUGUCAAUAGUGUAUUCUGUGCGCGUGCCACCGUGGCGUAUGUACGAUAGGGGCGCGAGCGCAGAUACGUCGGCCUAUAAAGUCGCCCGUUGCCGAGACUCGAUGUGCUAUUGUGGAUCGCUGCUUUCUUCGCGCUGAAUUGACUCGAGCAAACGUUCGAAAAAUGGCAAGCUACGUGGUGAAGAUUCUGCCGGCUCUGAUCUACCUGGCUGCAGUGCUGAACGCUCAAGCGUUUGACGUUACCGAGAAGAGGGUGGAACACAUCGAUCUCACGGAGAAGGACAUUGUCAAAAAGGACGAGAUGGAUUUUAAACUAAGAGACAACAAACGAGAGUCCAGAUUCAUCGGCGACCUGGUAAUUGGGGAGCGUCUUGCGGACGAAACGAUUUUCCGUCGCUCAGUGGAAAUAUCGAAUCCUACCGAUCAGGUCUACAACUCGGCUAUUAUGCUCAGCGUCGAAAGAGGGACGAUCCAUUACGUCAGCGUAAAUAAUGAAAAGAAUAGCUACGCUGUAGCAUGCGACGAACCAUAUAGCCUGGGAACUUCAAGGACCAGUUUCAAUGUACGAGUUCCUCCCAACACAAAGUCACAACUCUGGCUUCUCGUUGCCGCACAUUAACUUUCAAGUAUUUGGAAAUGCAUCAUUGAAACUUAAUACGUCAAAAUUAAAUGUUUUAUUCAUCACUUGGUUGUACACAUCCAACUUUUCACUUUAGUGGGGUAAUUCACAAUAGUUACGUGUAACAGAAUUUGUACUAAUAAAUUCUCAAAAUAUAAAAUCAAAUGUUUGUGCA